AUCCAACUGGCGUAUCCACCUGUCUCAUGACCAGACUGUACGAUAUCUCGCCAACUGGAGUUUUCCCAUGUAAUAAUAUGCUAUAGGAUAACAAUUCUGUUCGCCGCUCGCCUAAGAUUCCUCUUUGCCGUGAAAACAGUGUGUACCGCUAGUGGACUCGACAGAAAAAGACCCGUGACGCGCUCGCAGGGUUUGUUUCUUUGCCCACCGUUCCAGGGGCGCCUCAACCAGAUCUCACAAAGAGAAAAAAGCCUCUAUAAACGCUUUGGCUCCACGGGAUAAAUUCGCUCUUAUUUUCAGAGAAACUCUGUUUCAUGCUCAGGAAUAUUCGACACACGGGUCGGAACCGGGCUGACUCAAAAGGAUGGGAUGUGCAAAGGGGGUCGUCAAAAGGUUUACUGGCUUUCUUUGGCUUGCCUUUCUUCUGUUUCUGGCUGAGAGUAGAAAACGGCAGGCUCGAUGCCCCGCGUCUUGCACAUGCACCAAAGACAAUGCCUUGUGCGCAAAUACCGGAUCGAUUCCUCGGAGCUUUCCAUCUGAUGUCAUUUCAUUAUCAUUCGUGAAGUCCGGCUUCAGCGAAAUCCCCAAGGAGAGUUUCAUUCACACACCGGCACUGCACCUCCUUCUUUUUACAGCCAAUAUGUUUGACUCUAUAAAUGAGGAUGCCUUCCUUGGUCUUCCGCAUUUGGAAUACCUAUUUAUUGAAAAUAAUCAAAUCAAGUCUAUAUCACCUUUUGCCUUCAGAGGUCUCAAGUCCCUAAUACAUUUGAGCCUUGCCUACAACAACUUGGAGACCCUACCAAAAGAUCUUUUUAAAGGAAUGGAAGCUUUGACAAAAGUGGACUUACGUGGAAAUCUUUUCACCUGUGACUGCAAACUGAAGUGGCUGGUGGACUGGAUUUACCACACAAAUGCAACUGUAGACCAGAUAUAUUGCAACAGCCCUCUUCCAUAUCAAGGAAAGAAAAUCAAUGACCUCACACCGCAGUCAUUUGAUUGCAUAACAACAGAUUUUUCAUUGCUGAAGUCUCUAGAUUUCCAGUCCAUUUCCGUGGAAACAUUUCCCUUCAGUGGUGACCAGUAUGUAGUGUUUGCCCAGCCAUUCAUUGGAAGAUGUAGUUUUAUGGAAUGGGACCAUGUUCAAAUGGAGUUUCGUAAUUUCGAUAAUAUAACAAGUAUCUCCACAGUCAUCUGCAAACCUCUGGUGAUCGACAACCAACUGUUCGUCAUUGUAGCACAGCUGUUUGGUGGGUCACACAUCUACAAGAGGGACAUCUCAGCCAACAAGUUCAUCAAAAUCCAGGACAUAGACAUCCUGAAAAUCCGCAAGCCCAACGAUGUGGAGACAUUCCGUGUGGACAGCGAGUCAUUCUUCGUCAUCGCUGACAGUUCCAAGGCAGGCUCCACCACUGUCUACAAGUGGAAUGGCAACGGCUUCUACUCGCACCAGUCUCUACACCCGUGGUAUCGCGACACCGAUGUAGAGUACCUGGAGAUCUCUGGCAAACCGCACCUAAUCCUGUCCAGCAGCUCACAGCGGCCGGUCAUCUAUCAGUGGAACAAGAGCUCUAAGCAGUUCGAGCGGCGCACGGACAUUCCCGAGAUGGAGGAUGUCUAUGCCGUCAAGCACUUCAAGGUCGGUGGCGAGCUUGUCAUCUGCCUGACUCGCUUCAUUGGUGACUCCAAGGUGAUGAGGUGGGACGGAAGCAUGUUUGAUGAGGUGCAGACCAUGCCAUCACGGGGCUCCAUGGUUUUCCAGCCAUUUGCUGUGGAGAGCUGGCAGUACGCCAUCCUGGGCAGCGACUACUCCUUCACACAGGUUUACCGCUGGGAUGCCAAGAAAGGCCAGUUUGUUCACUUCCAAGAGCUGAACAUCCAGGCCCCAAGAGCAUUCUCACUGGUUUCCAUUGACAACCGGGAGUUCCUCAUCGCAUCCAGUUUCAAGGGACAGACUCGGAUAUAUGAACACUUGAUCCUUGACUUGAGUGAUUGACUGAAUGGAGGUAAAUGGGAUGAAGGUAUCGAUGAUGCUUUCUAGCUUGUGAAUGGAGGACUUGAGUAGCAGAAUACAUGCAUGACAAUGCCUUUAAGUAGGUGUAGCCAUCAGGAUGUCCACCAUCGCUUAAAAUGUCCAUCUUGUUAAGCCAUGCUCUAACACAACUCAGUGCGCUUUUCUUCACAAAGUUUGUGUAAUUGCAGAAUUUGAUUAUUGUAAAUAGAGCUAAAUAUACCUUUUAUUCUAUUUAUUAUCCUGUUUGAAACAAGUAAAUCUGCCAAAUUAAAUGUUUACAGAUUUUUCCAUCUUUCCAUUUGUAAACUAAACUGAAUAUGUAUUACGCUUUUGUAAGAAGUGGGCCCAUAAUAGUGGAAGAAUUUGAUAUGAAAACAUUUUGGAAUACAUAUUUUUAUUGACGUUGAUUUGUAUGAUCUGUAAACCUUGAACAGCCCAAUUAAUGACACUGCAUUUUUUCUUAAUGAGAUUAUGUAAUAGUUAAAGUGAUUCCGACUCGUUUUUAUUGAGUAGCCCAUGCUUUUAUAAUAUUGCUUGAUUGGACCAACACUCGUUUGUCACGUGUAUGCAAUUCAUCAUGCCUGCAUUGUUUGGAAGCCAAAGGUCAAGACUGAAGCCAUGGUUUUAAUUUUAAAUAAAAACAUAAAUCAUAAUAUUAAA